UUGGGUUUCCUUAUCUGGGUCUUACUGUUUGGCCAAGUCGAUUUCCAUUUUAACUCUAUUUCCAAUUGGUUUUCAUUUCCUUACUUUCUUGAACUAUUAUCUGAUAUUUUUUUCGUGAUUCUUGAAAUACUUUAUGGAUUGAAAUGACGGUGGCCGUUGAAUUUUUCUGAUUGUCCCGUAGCUCGAAAACCCUAAUUUUAAUUUCGUGGUCCUUUGAUUUUGUAUCUGAUGUCUGUGUUUGGAUUUGUUAUUUGAAUUUAUUUGCUAUCUGAUUAUUGAAAUGAAUGCUGGUUUUAUCUUUUCAUUAUUGGUAUUUGUUAAUUAGCUGAGCUUUUAUUUUUCCCAAAAAUGGAAAAACCCUAAUACUUUAUUGUUAUUUUUGCCAUGGUAAUUCCGUGUUCUUCUUUUUUUUUUUUUUUUGGAAUUUUGUUGUUGGUUUAAUGAGUUUAUUAGCUUGUAAUGAUUUACUUGUUUGUUACAGUGGUCAAUUUUUUCUGCGACAUUCUUUCGUCUGCCGUUUCGACUAGGGUUUUUUUUGACAGGUGUUUGAUACGUGUCUCAACUGGAUGAUGGCUGUGCUUCUGUGUCUUUCUGAUUCGUAUGGAGAUUAGUAAGGAGCCAGCAGAAGAAAAUUCUUCUGCCAACUCAUCCGGAUCUAUUAUUCAGAUUAAUUCAAUUUACAUAGAGCUUCCGUUGCUUGCACCAGAUCAGAUGGAUCCAACUCACUGCUGUGACCAUAAGUUUUCAAUCCGGUAACACUUGUUUGAUAUUUUUUUUAACUUUACCUGUCCUUGAAGCAAAUGGACUGAGAUUCUUGCCUGUUGUUUAUGUAAUUGUGAAUGGUUAUAGCUAUACAUCACCAACAUGAUGUGAAUGUUUCUAGCCUCUUCGAAAUCUGUCUGUUCUUUAGUCUUGAGUUACAUCUUGGAAGUGAAUUUAGUUUUCAACUUUGAUACUGCACAUGAUGUCAGGUGUUGACUGUACUUUCAUAUUAAUUAAGAGACUUACUUUUCUCAUCAGUAACUAGCUCUAUUUAACUGGAGUUUUUUUUUAUUGAUAUGAUUGCAGUCAAAUAUAAGUAUUUAAUACUCACUGUUAAUUCUGAAUAUUGCUUCAGUCUUAUUCUGAAUGGUUGCAGUUACAUAUGGUUCAUUUAGGUUUUUUUUGCUCAUAUUGACUCUUAUUAAGCCUUUUUCUGAUCCCUACUCCCCUUGGUCAUAUUUCUUACGUGCUCAUCUGACGCAGGAAUCAAACAUAAUGUGAUUUGCCAAAUAAUUAUUUUAGGUACUUAGUAGGUGAGUAUUUUCAUGAUGCUUGGCUAACAAUUUCCUUUGUGUAUGUUCUUCACUUACUGCAGUGGAUUCAGUUUUGCAAAGCGUAGCAGUAAUCAAAAGUUGUCUUCAUUGUUUCCUUCAAUUUCCGUCUCCAAUGAUAAGGACCUUCCUCCCAUCGAAACCCCAAACCAUAGAUACUGGCGUUGCCCAGAAUGUAGCGGCCUAGAGAUAGAGAGAGCUGGAGUUCAGCUGGGCACCCCCGCAGAAGUCAGUCUGCGGCCUGUUGGUACAAAUUCUGGGAUACAGCAAGUUCUUGUUCCUGAAAAUACUGAGGGCACUCAAUGUGUUGGCACAAAUGCUGGAAUGCAGCAAGUCCUUGUACCUGAAAAUACUGAGGAUGUUCAAUCUAUUGGCACAGAUUUAGGACUACAGCUAGCUUCCUCCGAAGGAACCAGUGAGGACAUUAGACAUAUUGGCACUAUCUCAGGAAUACAGCAUAGUUCUUUGAUACGAAUCUCUGAGUGCAUUCAAUCAAUCGGCACAAAUAUAGGAAAACUGCAAGGCCAAACAGCACCAAGUACAGAAAGCAUGAAAUCCAUCGUCGCAAAUAUUAGUGCAAGUAAAAAUGCGGUUGAAUUCUCUGCAUUACUCCCAAAUACUCCAGAAAUAAUAAGUGCAGAAGCUGUAGAUAUUUCUCAUACUGGUGAUAAAGAUGCACCAAUCGAGCCUGUGGUGGAUGGAGUAGAAAAACUUGCUGAUGAGAGAAUUAAAACUAAAACUAGUCGACUGACUGUUGGUGGGGUUGCUGAAGCUCCUGCUGAAAAGGUGAACACCAAUUCGGGUCACAACGGUGGUCGGGGUGGGCUGCAUAAAUCUACUAACAGAAAAAGAGGACUAACUCUUACCGGAAAAGAUAAAGUUACUUCUGUUGAGGGUGCUGCUAAUGGAAUGCCUGGGAAGAAUGAUGAAACUGAAAAUGAUCGCGGCCGGGAAAAUGAAAACUCAAAUGGUCCGCGACGAAAAGUUCGAAAAGUGCGUUUGUUGACUGACCUUUUGGGUGACCAGGGCAACUCAACAAUGAAGACAGCAGAGAAAAAUUUAUCAACCAGUACCCCAUUGCUGGAACCUGUUGGAUCAGGAAAUGCUGUAGUGGAGGGUCAGGUUGGUUCUGAAAAAGAUGCGGCUAAAGAUGUGCAGAGCCCAAAGAAAAAAGCUAAGGUGAGUCGUGAAGGCGAGGACACAAAUGAUCCAAGCAAUGUUCCAAGUAAUGUUAAAGCCAACAAGAAAGAUACCGGGAAAGCCAUAAUGGUUAUAGAUAUCCCCGAUUCUGAUGAUGUCGAGACAGUUCCAUCUGGGGGUGAGGGCUUAUUUAUCGGUACAAAGACUGAACGUCUGAGGCGCAGAAGCGAGAUCACUCCUCCAGUCAGUAAGAAGAAGAGCAAGCCCACUGAAGUGCUUGAUUUUUCAGUCGUUCGAUCACUUCCAGCCUCAUCAGUAACUGGAAGGUGGGGAAGUCAUCCAUCUGCAGCACCAAGAGAUCAAAAUCAUGUCGGUUUGCUGUCUGCAGGGUUGAAUGGCCAACCAUCUUUCAAUAAGUCUACCAGAGUGGGUCUGGAUCUGUCUCUCGGCAGUUUUUCUACAAAAAAUAACUCUCUAGACACUGGAAGUAAGGCAUUUCUGAAGAAGGAUGAUGUACUCUUUGGAAAAUCUAAUGCUUUGCCUACUGCUGAGUUAAAAAAAUCAUGCAGCAAGGGACAAUCCUUGGAUCUGAAUGAGAGAGCUGCAGUGAUCCCUUACAAUUCUGAGACGAAUAAUUUCCCGAUACAGAGAGAAACUGAAUUCCUCAACCUUGGUCUGAAGGAGAAGAGUAUCAAUCAUGGAAAAUCGAAAGAAAGUGAUCAGAGGGCAGAUGAAUUCCCAAUGGACAUAGUUGAGCUUCUUGCAAAGCAGCAACACGAUAAGAAAAAUAACAAUGACGUUAAUCGUGUAGUACAGAGGUUGCCAAAUCGGGGGGACGCACCACUGACAAUGGAUGAUGUGGUGAGAAGUUUUGGCCUACAUGCCAUUCCACUUGUAGAUACUCCACGGGGUGCAUCUGUGGCGAGUGAAAAUGGCAGAAAGCAGCAAGGAAAUCCUGUUCCUUUCGCUCAUAUGAGCAAGAACAAUAUGAAAUUGUUCCAAACUGAAGGAAAUCAUAAAAGCAUUUACACCUCUUCUGCACAGAAUCAACAGAAAACAUCCAGUGGAAUACAAAUUUCUCCGUCAGCUUCUGUUAGGGCUGGACUUCAUCACAAUCAAGUACGGGAACCAAUAUUAUCAUCCACCUCAUCGAAACAGACUUUUGGAUUUGGUAUACAGCAAAAGCAAGCAGCUGAACAUCACAAAGGCAAAACUAUCAGCGACAUAAAGCUCGAUGAGUUAAAAAAGUCAGAGGAAGCUCGCUUUAUUUAUAAAUCAGGCGAUUCAGCAGUUGGCUCAAAAGCAAAGGGACCAUCAGAUGCCUAUAAGUAUAAUAAUGAAAGCAUUCCGGCAUUGCAAUUGCUUAGUCUCAUGGAUGGGGGAUCAUCUGAUACAGCUUUCAGUCUAGGCACUACAAAGUUCCCCAGUAAGCCCUUUUCUCCAUGUUCAUAUCACCCGAGGUUCAGCAGAGAUGAACGGCAGGAUUUGACCAGUGGAUCGUUGUUUUUGCGUCAAUCUCUAACCAAGGAACCUCCUACCCUUGGGCCUGCCCUUUCAAGUUACCAAAGCUCAAGACCCCAUUCAGCUGCCAGUAGUAUGAACAUUUAUCUUCUUGCUGCUUCAUGUUUCUUUGUAUUUAUUUCUUCGAUGUCCUGAUGUAACAAAUUUCUUUGUUUUGCAGGCCAACUUUCUUUCUUAACUCCAGAGAAACAUGUGUCUCGUAACAAAUCCCAGACUCCUGGGUCCAGUGGUGGGGCUGGCUCGAGUGGUGGUGCUGGCUCCAGUGGUGGGGCCGGUCCUAGUUCUUCUCAUGUCAAGGACAAACAGAAGGCAGGAACUAAUGGUGCUAACACAAUUCCGCGUCCUCAGACAAUGGCUCCACCUUAUCGACGCUAUGUGAAUCCAGCCCAGCCGAUCAUGGAGGCUGUCUUGGCGCCGGUUAGGUCAGGGUCAGGGAGGCAAUUCUCAGCUGAUGGUGUUUGCAGGACCAACAAAAACCCUGCUGACUUUAGCAGUCCUGAAGCAGGAAAUAUGUUCACCAUCUGUGGCAAGGAUCUGAGAUCCCGUAAGAGGAAACCAUAUGCAAAGAGAAGUGCUGGCACCACAGCUGAUGAUGCAAAAAAGCAAAAGAAUAAGAAGGCUAGACAAGAGGGUGAGCAUCCAAGGGACAAAUCCUCAGGUGGAAAUUAAACCAUUGUUCAUCAGCAUCCGAAAAUGUGGCACAAAGUGUAUGAAUCAUGGUUUAAUUUCUAGCUUCUUUUUUUUUUUUUUAUAUUGAUGAGACUAGGAAAAAGUUUAAGGAUUGGGAUUCCUGAUUUUCUGGGAUUUAUUUUGGUUUUAUUUUUUAUUUUUUCUUUUUUUGUUUGUGUGAUUGGUGAAGAUAGAAUUCCAAAAGGUAUAUGACUGUGUUAUAGACAAACUAUCUCUUUUGCAAUCAAUACAAUAUUUCUUAUUUAGAACAAAA